AUGAUCUGCUUCUGUCAAGCGCUACACAAGGUACUGGGUGUGGCUUAUAACCAGAGGCAGCUAUGUGUAAAGAGAAACAGUGGCAGUGGUAAAAAGCACUAUAGUAGCAGCAGUAGCACUGGUAGCAGCAGUAGCGCUGGUAACAGCAGUAGCAGUAGCACUGGUAGCAGCAGUAGCACUGGUAGCGCUGGUAGCAACAGUAGCACUGGUAGCACUGGUAGCACUGGUAGCAGCAGUAGCGCUGGUAACAGCAGUAGCACUGGUAGCACUGGUAGCAGCAGUAGCGCUGGUAACAGUAGUAGCACUGGUAGCACUGGUAGCAGCAGUAACGCUGGUAGCAACAGUAGCACUGGUAGCACUAGUAGCAGCAGUAGCACUGGUAGCGCUGGUAGCACUAGUAGCACUAGUAGCACUAGUAGCAGCAGUAGCACUGGUAGCGCUGGUAGCACUGGUAGCAGCAGUAGCACUGGUAGCACUGGUAGCACUAGUAGCACUAGUAGCAGCAGUAGCACUGGUAGCACUAGUAGCACUGAUAGCUCUGGUAGCAACAGUGGCGCUGGUAGUACUGGUAGCAGCAGUAGCACUGGUAGCACUGGUAGCACUAGUAGCACUAUAGUAGCACUGGUAGCACUAGUAGCAGCAGUAGCGCUGGUAGCAGCAGUAGCACUGGUAGCUCUGGUAGCAGCAGUAUCACUGGUAGCAGCUGGUAGCAGCAGCAGUCUAGCGCUGGUAGCAGAAGUAGCACUAUAGUAGCAGGCUAGCAGUAGCACUAUAAUAGCACUGAAUGCAUGGUAGCGCUGGUAGCACUAUAAUUAUAGUAGCUAUAAUUAUAAGUAUCUUUAAUAUUUCUACUUGUGCAUGCACAGUUAUCGACAUAUACAUUUCUAUAAUACUGGUUUUCCAAGGAGGAUGCAUCGAUCGCUAAAAGGAGGACCUCACAUUCAUCAAUAAUUGGUGUUAACUUUGUGAACUGCCAAGAAAUUACUUGGCCAAUACCGUUGAUGAAUUGUAUUGCAACACCCAUCUUCAAUAAUAAUAAUUAUAAUAAUAAGUUACUUUAAACGUGUGGUCGAUACUAAUGGAUGCAUCAGCAUAUACAUAAACCCACCUGUGUUCAGCAAAGUUUAGCAUUUUAAUGGAGUAAAUCAUGUAUUUGCUGGGACAUGCAUGGUCCACCUGACAUACAAUUGACCACAUGUAGCUCUGGAUUCAUGAUAAUUAUGGUAUAGAACCCUAGCGUCGAACCAGGCCGCUUUGCGCUUUUCCCUGCGGCCUGGAAUCGAGGCUAAGCUAACCCCUGACAGGCUGGAAGUUGUAUGUGCCAGUGUCAGGUAUGUGUUGACAUGUAUUGUGGUGAGGCUGUGUGUGGGAUUUACUACUAUAGUGGUUGGCUUUAUCAAGUGUUAAAUUGCUAAAUGUGGUAAAAAGCAUCACACCAUUCCUAUAAAUUACAGCAGAUACUGUGUUUUGCAAGUUGCUUGUCGUUGUGCACAGUAAAUGGGCGUUGCUAUCAUCAUAGUACUACUGAGUCUAGUAAAGUGAACGUGUCUAUUCAGCAAAAAAAAUUAAUUUGCUAACUUAGUUAGCUAAGCUGUUAUAGUGUAUAUGCACAUGCAGUACUCUGUUGACUUGCUAUACUUCUGUUGAUUUGAGCCAGUAUGGCAGUUGUUUUAGUUAUAGAAGUGCACUAAAAGAGCAGGUAGAAAUUAGAGGACAUAGAGGAAAGUUAUGAGUCAGCACAUUCCUGAUUAAAUCUAGUAACCACAGUAGUACUAUAGACAACGCCCAUUUACUGUGCACAAUGACAAGCAACUUGCAAAACACAGUAUACUGUAACAGUUGUCCAUGCAUCAUUUUCAGCCUAGAAGAAGGUGGUUUUUUUUUGCUAUCAUCAUGCUCAGGACAACUGUUACACAGUAGAUUGCACUUGCAACAGGAUUGUUUAAUUUUAUUCCUCCCUGGAUGAAAGUUCACCCCAUGACAUGCACUAUAAGUAUAGCAACUUUUUUACUGAAUAAUGGUAACAACUUUUAACUCGAACCUCAGAUCUACUUCUAAAGCAUAGGUUGAGCGUUCCUUAUAUGGAAUACCACAGAUAAGCUAAGGUGCAAACUGCAAAGCCAUUCCUUAUAAUUAUGUAUAUACAUCUAUAUUACCGGUAAUAAUAAUUACGGCUUGCCUAAAUGGCGCUACCAUUUUAGUUUGGCCUAAUAAAAUUCUUAUACAGUGCAUCCAGCUUAGAGAGUAGAUUACCACAAAUUUGUGAGUAGCUGUACUUAAAUGUAAAUAUCUUUUGAUCAGAACAUUUCUAGAAAUGGUGUUGAUACCAAUGUGUAGGUGAAUGACCAAGCUACAACAUACUCAAAAACGUUUCCAUGGAAACAUAAGGUGGUGGGUUUGUGGUGAUUAAUAGAACAACAGCAAAUUGUUACAGUGGGUAAUCGGUUAGAGUAAUAAAACAGUAAUCUUGUACAGCUAAGGUCCUAGACUUCAUCACAUAAUUGUUCAAUGGUUUAGGUGUCCUGACCAUCCCUUUAUGGGUCUUACAUAUGUUCACAGUGUUUAUAAUUCAUGAUUUACUGGUUUUCAGGUACACUUUUGGUUAGAGUAAUAACUUCUGAAAAAUUAAUAGCUUAGCUUUCAAAUUUCUGUAGUAAGUUUACAGAUAAAUG